GCGGGUCGCCUCUCCAAUUCCGCACAGCGUCUCCAAAUAUAUAACGCGUCACGAACACAUAUAAAUAACUGCACACAUACAGCGAAAAGUCGCUGCGAGGGAUUCAGAUUCGUGCGGAGACGAAAUGUCGUCGGCGACGACGAGAUCACCCUGAAGAAGACACAUACCCACUGAUCACACAUAUAUAUAUACACUUACAACUGCACCGAAGUAGUUCCCGGAAGAGGAUCUUCCAGUUCGCAUAUAGAAUAUAGUCGAGCAUAUAUGCGAAAGAAGUGAAGGAUAGAAGAGGUGUACAAAAUAUAUUGAGUCUAUCUGUGCAAAUUCGAGCUCGUCUCUCGCGCAUUGUUUUGCGGGGGACUCACUGCGUUUAUUUCGAGGGAGAGAGAUAAUACCGGCUAUUAACUGAGAGAGGACAGAAGCCGCCGCUGCGAAAAUGACGAGCGUUUCGUAUCACAUCGCCAAUCUUCUGGAGAAGAUGACAUCCAGCGACAAGGACUUCAGGUUCAUGGCAACAAAUGACCUGAUGACCGAGUUGCAAAAAGACAACAUCAAAUUGGAUGAUGAUUCUGAGCGAAAAGUUGUUAAGAUGCUUCUUAAAUUACUAGAAGAUAAGAAUGGAGAAGUUCAAAAUCUUGCUGUCAAAUGCUUGGGACCACUGGUCAACAAAGUCAAAGAAUUUCAAGUGGAAACCAUUGUAGAUGCUCUCUGCAGCAACAUGGUUUCUGACAAAGAGCAGCUCAGAGAUAUUUCAAGCAUUGGUCUGAAAACUGUCAUUGCAGAACUUCCUCUGGGUACAAGUGCACUAGCUGCUAAUGUCUGUAAAAGAAUCACUGGUCGAUUGAGUAAUGCUAUUGAAAAGCAAGAAGAUGUGCCUGUUCAGUUGGAAGCUCUCGACAUAAUAGCAGACCUGCUCUCUCGCUUUGGCUCUCUAUUGGUCUCGUUUCACUCUGUAAUCCUGGCCGCGCUUUUGCCGCAGCUCUCGUCUCCAAGACAGGCAGUGCGCAAAAGAACCAUAGUUGCUCUGAGCCAUCUCAUGACUUCCAGCAACAGCCAACUGUAUAACAAACUGCUUGACCAUCUGUUAGAAGGACUGUCAAACAACAAAGUGAACAACGUCGUUCGUACCUACAUACAGUGUAUCGCUUCUAUUUGUCGGCAAGCUGGUCACCGAUUUGGAGAGCAAAUCGAGAGGGUUAUGCCACUUAUUGUUCAGUACAGCAAAGAGGACGACGAUGAGCUUAGGGAAUAUUGCUUGCAAGCAUUUGAAGCUUUUGUAUACAGGUGUCCAAAAGAGAUCACUCCACACAUCAACAAGAUCAUAGAAAUCUGCCUGAUGUACCUAACAUACGAUCCAAACUACAACUACGACGAUGAUGCAGCUGACCUUUCAGACGGCGAGGGAGCUGUUAUGGAAACAGAAGAGGACGGCGAGGAAGAAGCUGAAGAUGAAUACUCGGAUGACGACGAUAUGAGCUGGAAAGUCCGCCGCGCGGCUACCAAAUGUCUCGAAGCCGUUGUCUCCAGCAGAAGAGAGUUGCUUUCUGAACUUUACAAAGUUGUAUCUCCUGCUCUUAUCUCUAGAUUCAAAGAACGAGAGGAAAACGUAAAAUCUGACAUUUUCCACGCUUACAUCACUCUUCUACGUCAAACCAAACCUACCACUGGUGUAACGCUGGAUCCUGACUCGAUGGAAGAUGAGGAAGGUCCAAUCUCACUUCUUCAGCAACAGGUACCCUUGAUCGUGAGGGCAGUCCACCGCCAAAUGAAGGAAAAGAGUAUUAAGACUCGACAGGACUGUUUGUCUCUUCUCAAAGAGCUUGUAUUGGUGCUUCCCGGUGCCCUUACUAACCACAUACCUGCUCUGAUUCCGGGUAUUCAGUACUCGUUGGGCGAGAAGAAUUCAUCCAGUAACAUGAAGAUAGACACUCUAGCGUUUGUACACACGCUGCUAUCUACACAUCAGCCUGAAGUCUUUCACGCUCACUUGCCGGUCCUUGCACCGCCUAUCAUUCUCGCUGUUGGUGAUCCCUUUUAUAAGAUCACAGCUGAAGCUUUGCUUGUGAUGCAACAGCUCGUGCAAGUCAUCAGACCUCAUGAUAAACCAUCAAACUUUGAUUUUACGCCGUUGUCCGGAGAGCUUUACUGGUCAACCUUAUCAAGAUUGCGUACGGCAGAUAUUGAUCAAGAGGUGAAGGAACGCGCGAUCGCAUGCAUGGGUCAGAUUAUCGCACACCUCGGUGACACCCUAGAGAAAGAAUUGCCGACGUGCCUGCCGAUCUUCCUCGACAGAUUACGCAAUGAAAUUACUCGACUUACUACAGUCAAGGCUUUGACCUGCAUUGCUGCUUCGCCGUUGCGCAUUGAUCUCAAGCCCAUCCUGCAGGAGGCCAUACCUAUCCUGGGCUCUUUCUUGCGUAAAAAUCAACGCGCCCUGAAACUUAGUUCUUUGGUGUUGUUAGACACCUUGGUGCGUAACUACAGUGAUGCGAUUCAACCUGAUUUACUGGAGAAGGUUACAACAGAGUUACCGGCGUUGUUGAACGAGACAGAUCUACACAUUGCUCAGCUUACUCUUACGUUAUUGACAACCAUCGCUAAGCUGCAUCCAGUUGCACUGAACACAAUUUCUACUAACAUCUUACCGGAGAUUCUUACACUUGUAAAGUCGCCUUUAUUACAAGGUGCCGCCCUCAACUCUAUGCUGGAAUUCUUCCAAGCUUUGGUGCAAGCCGGCAUCCCCGAGCUUGGUUACAGGGAGUUGCUGUCCUUGCUUGUGGCUCCGGUCAACCAGAUCCAACAACUGCACAAGCAAGCCUAUCAUUCAUUGGCUAAGUGUGCCGCGGCCCUGACCAUCACCUGGCACCAGGAAGCCCAGGGUGUCGUCGAGGAGUUCCUCAAAGAUGUCCAGAAGCAGCCGACCGACGCCAGACACAUCUUUGCUCUCCUCGUGAUUGGCGAAAUCGGCAGACACGUCGACUUGAGCAGUAUCCAGUCCUUGAAACACAUAAUCUUGGGGUCCUUCUCGUCUGCAUCGGAGGAAGUCAAAUCCGCUGCGAGUUACACGCUUGGUAACAUAGCCGUUGGAAAUCUACCAGAGUAUUUACCCUUCAUACUCAGUGAAAUUGAGGCACAGCCAAAACGCCAGUACCUUUUACUUCAUUCAUUAAAAGAGAUUAUCACAUGCCAGUCACAGAGUCCGUCUGGCGUAACGCAUUUACAAAGCUUCGUGCCUUCGAUCUGGAUCCUUCUGCACCGACACUGCGAGUGCACCGAGGAGGGCACGCGCAACGUCGUAGCCGAGUGUCUCGGCAAACUGACCCUCAUCGAUCCAGCCAAUCUGCUGCCCAGACUCCAGGAGCUGCUUAAAUCGUCGUCGGCACUAAUGAGGACCACCACUGUCACUGCUGUUAAAUUUACUAUUUCGGAUCAGCCUCAACCAAUUGAUCCUAUGCUAAAACAGUGCAUGGGUAACUUCCUGAUAGCUUUAGAGGAUCCUAAUUUGAACGUAAGAAGGGUAGCAUUGGUUGCAUUUAACUCGGCCGCUCAUAAUAAACCAAUGCUAGUUAGAGAUCUUCUGGAUCAAGUUUUGCCGCAGCUUUAUGCCGAGACUAAAGUUAAGAAAGAACUGAUUAGAGAAGUAGAAAUGGGCCCAUUCAAGCAUACUGUGGACGACGGACUCGAUCUGCGAAAAGCAGCGUUCGAGUGUAUGUAUACGCUUUUGGACUCCUGCUUAGAUCGACUGGACGUUUUCGAAUUUCUCAACCACGUCGAGAGCGGUCUAAGAGAUCAUUACGAUAUCAAAAUGCUCACUUAUCUUAUGACCGCUCGUCUCGCUCAACUCUGCCCUACUGCUGUUUUACAAAGGCUCGAAAGACUGGUAGAACCACUUAAGAGUACAUGUACAAUGAAAGUUAAGCAAAACUCCGUGAAGCAGGAGUAUGAAAAACAAGACGAGCUGAAGCGGUCAGCGUUCCGCGCUGUGGCUGCUCUUCUCACAAUCCCAGACGCCGACAAAAAUCCAGCAUUGAGCGAAUUCGUGACCCAGAUCAAAGCAACGCCUGAGCUACAGCCUCUGUUCGAUGUGAUCCAGAAGGAUAGUACAGGCGGCAGUCUUAACGAGACUAACUUGAUGGAUCAAAGUUAAAGUCGACACCUCGAUCAAUGAUCAAGCUUUUGAUAGCUUUCAAACGCGCGCAAGGAUAAGAAGGAAACGGGAAAAGAGGCGAAUCGCUCGGAUUUUUGUAUACACGACGUCGACGGCGACCCGCGUAGAUUUUCUAAGCGAGAGGUAGACGGUAAUGAUAGGGCAACAAGCAGCGGGUCGUCUGUGAGAUGUACCAACCACAAGGCAUUAAACGAAAAAAAAGGAAGAAAAGAAGAAAAAAAUAUAACACUAUUUACAAGGAAUACUAUAACUUCCUUCGUCCGCGGUCGCCAAGACAGAUUGUAGAGAAUGCAGAGUGAACGAUGAAGGAAGAUGGAAGAAAAACAAAGAAGCAACUAUCGAUAGUUUAUUUCUAUACGUUAUUUUUUCAUUAAUUAUAUAAUACUUGAAUCCCCGAAUUGAGAGAGAACACGAUGGAUGAUGAUGAUGAUUGUGGAUAAGAAGAGAGAAAACAAAGAAAAAAAUACGUAGCUUUCAGUUAAUGUGAUUUAUAUUUAGUGCUAAAGCCUGUAUAAACAUGGAGAAUGAUAAAAAAAUAAAUUUACCGGACGUUUAAAUAUUUUAA